AACUUUUAUGCACUUUGUGUAGCUACUUUCCCGCCACUGCAUCACUCUAUGCAGGUUGAGUUGUCAAGUGCCCACAACAGAACUUCAAAUUGUAGCUAGUGGAUACUGAUACGCGCGUGCAUGUGUUUUUGAAUGAGAAAGAGAGUGAGGAGUGGGGAGUGGGGAGAAAGAAGGAGGUAGGUGUGUGCCUCCCCUGACUGCCGGACAGAUGCCUUUGCAGCACCAGUGAAUGGACCUUUCAAGGGAUGUAGGCUACAUAAUAAACUUGCGGGGAAAAUGCCAAUGGAAUUUUUUUGAACAAUGCCCGUCCACGGCUACAUUCCGAGAAUUUUUCAAAUCAAAUGAUAUAGCAUGUUAGCUUGUGUACUACCAACAAAAACGCGGACAGGACGAUUAUGCAGUCUCACUGCGGCUGCAGCAGCAAGCUACUUGAUAGUUUUACUAAAGCGACGGGAUCCCUGCCGACCAGAAGAAGUGUUGCAGGCUUCUCCACAAUGACAGUGGCUGUGUCCUGCGUUUCAUUCACAUCUAGGGAUAGGAGGAAUGUUUAAAUGAAGAGUUUUCUGUGUUUAUCAAGCAAACGAUCUCUCUUUUAACGUCUUCAGAAGUCAUCAUCAUAGCCAAGAUGUUUUGCUGAUAAAGGAUCGAUCAAUCAUCAAGGACAUCGAUCAAGAUGGAAAGCGAGGUUUUUAUGCCCCAUCUAGAGCAAUUUAUGCUCAGCCCGCUUGUCAUUUGGGUGAAGACAUUUGGGCAAAACGAUGGGAACAUGACAUUGGAUUAUUCCGAGUUACUGGAUGGGGUAGUUAUGAACAAGAUCAUGGUUCAAAUAAACCCCAAAGCCACACUUGAGAGUGUCAACAAAGUGAACAACGACCCCAGUCAGAGGAUUCUGAACCUGACCGUUCUCAUCCGUCAAAUCAAAACCUAUUACCUAGAAACUCUGAGGCAGCUGAUCAUGAUGCCCUUACCCAACGUGUUGGUGCUUGGCAAGACUCCUCACUGUGAGCAAAGUCUGGAGGAAAUGAAGAAAUUACUUCUACUCUUAUUGGGAUGUGCUGUCCAGUGUGACAAGAAAGAGGAGUACAUCGAACGCAUCCAGACCCUUGACUUUGACACGAAAGCAGCCAUAGCUGCUCAUAUCCAAGAGGUUACCCACAGUCAGGACAGUGUACUGGACCUCCAUUGGCUGGAGGCCAGCGAGCUCUGUGCUGAGGACCUGGAGACCCUGUUCAGACGACUGGUGGACCAGAGAGACACACAGCUGGAGACUAUUUUAGAGCUAAUGCAGGAGAGAGAGUCCACUCCGUCACCCUCUCCGCCCAGCGCCCAGUCCCCCAGCGACUGUCCCAGCAUGCAACAGCAGGCGGCAUCCCACCAGCACCUGUCUGUAGAGCUGGCCGACGCCAAGGCCAAGAUCAGACGGCUGCGCCAGGAGCUAGAGGAGAAGAGUGAGCAGGUACUGGACUGCAGACAGGAGCUGGAGAACAUGGAGGCUGAGUUCAAGAGGAUUCAACAGGAGAACUCUGUAUUGCAAGCGGAGGCCCGGUCAGCCCGUACGUACCGUGACGAGCUGGAUGCCCUGAGAGAGAGGGCCAUCAGGGCUGACAAGCUGGAGAGUGAGGUGGGACGAUACCGCGAGAAACUACACAACAUGGAGUUCUACAAGGCCAAAGUGGAGGAGCUGAAGGAGGAUAACUCUGUGUUGCUGGAGACCAAGGGUGUACUGCAGCAACAGCUGGCGGGGUGGAGGGCCCGCUCUGAUAAACUACACCAGCUAGAGAAACACAACCUGCUGCUCAACACCAGGGUCCACGUCAUGGAGCAGGAGAAGGAGGUGGACAGGAGGCGCAUGGAGGAGCUGCAGGAGGAGAACCUGGCCCUGGAGCUGGCCCAGAGGAGGAGCAUGGAGGAGUCACAGCACCUGGGAUGGGAGCUGGAGCAGCUCUCCAGGAGCCCCGACAACUCACAGGGUCAGAAGUCUCUGAGUGAGGAGGUGGUUGAUGGGACCAGGAGUCGUCUGCUGAGGCUGGAGAGAGAGAACCACAGCCUGCUCAGGACCAUAGAGGACCUGAGAGCUGACCGCAGCCUGGGACCGCAACGCAACCAUAACCAUCAGCACACACAGUGGGACAGCCAGCGACCCACAAACACGGCUGAGGUGGUUAGAGAGUACCUUGGCAGUUUAGAUAACACCUCCUGGGAGCAGUCUGAAUUGGUCAUCAAAGAGGAUUGUGACAUUGAUAUAGACACAUCACAUCACAUGGACCCAAAGUGCAAUGGAGUAUCGGGUGACCUAGAGGGAGAGAUUGACCGACUGGAGAGAGAGAGCGAGACCCUCAAGGAGAAGAUGGACCUUCAGAAGCAAGAGAAAGGCCAACUCGAAGACGGAGAGUCUUGCGAUCUGAGUGACCCCAUGGCUGACCUGGAAGCAGUAGCUAAAGACAACACCCACAAUCUCCUUCAACUAAGUGCUUCAGUGUCUCUGACUCGUGAUUCCUCACCCUGCUCUAAGAACAAGAGUCCACGUCGGGAGAACAGUAGCACGGGGCUGCAGACAAGGUCUUCCUCUUCAUCCACUAAGCACACAGAGCGUCUGGAAGCUAAGUGUAGAGCACUGGACACAGAGAACCAGCGGCUUCAGGCUGCCCUGGACAACACAGGCCGGAAGCUCCAGCGGCUGGAGGCCGAGGUCCACGAGCUGGAGGCUGAGAACCAGAGCCUGCAGGCUGGAUUGGAGGAGCUGAGGAUCUCCUCGCGGCGCAUGGAGCAGCUGGAGCAGGAGAAGCAGACCCUGGAGCAGGAGGCUUCAGGCCUGGAGAGAGACAAGAGGAGGCUGGAGAAGGAGAACCGCAGGCUGAGGCAACAGGCAGAGAUCCAGGACUCUACCCUGGAUGGGAGCAACCUGAGGGUGGCUAGUCUGGAGAGAGAGAACAGGGAGAUGGGGAAGGAGGUGGAGAGGCUGAAGGAGGUGGAGGAGAGGGUCAAGGGGCUGGAGAGGGAUAACAGAGAGCUGGCCAAGCAGGGAGCGAUCAACCAGAGGGCCCUGGUCACCCUGAGAGAGGAGUUGGUGAGUGACAAGCUGAAGACCCAGCAGAGGGAAAAUGAGCUGGAGAGGCUGGCCCACGAGCUGGAGAUGAGAGUCCUCAACCAGGACACAUCACCACAGAGUGACGAGGAAACUCCAGAUAACAGUAGGUUCAAGAUGUUGGAGUCUGAGCUGGAGUCAUCUCUGAAGAGGUCCCUACAGAUCAAAGAAGACAAGAUGGCUGCCGUGGAGGCCCGGCUGCAGGAGUCCUCCACCCUCAACCAGCAGCUACGUCAAGAGCUCAAGACUGUGCGUCUGAACUACGAGGCCCUGCUGCAGAGGGAGGAGGAGGAGCAUGCGGCCCGUAGCCCCACCCCCCAGAGGGAGAGUGACAUGGCGGUAAGCGAAUGGCAGCGGGAGAGCCAGGAGGCCACCAGGGAGCUGCUGAGGGUCAAGGACCGCCUCAUCGAGGUGGAGAGGAACAAUGCCACACUGCAGGCAGAGCGUCAGGCGCUGCAGGCCCAGCUCAGACAGUUGGAGACCCAGUCAGACGGCCUGCAGGCUCAGAUCCUGGCCCUGCAGAGACAGACCGCCUCCCUGCAGGAGAACAACACGGCUCUGCAGACACACAACGCUAACCUGCAGGUGGAGAAGUCCACUCUGAACUCCCAGAGUGCAUCACUCCUGGCCCAGAACGCCCAGCUCCAACGCCAACAAUCCAGCACUGAGGGCGAAAAGGAGGUGGCCAUGCGUGAGCGCGAGGAGCUGCGUGGCGUGCACGAUCAGCUCCUGAGGGACCACGAGAGGCUGGCGGCGCUGCACGAGAGACAAGCCAUAGAGUACGAGGCCCUGAUGGGAAAACACGGCUGUCUGAAGAACGUCCACCGCACACUGGAGCUGGAGCAUAGAACGCUGGAAGACAGGUACAAAACCCUGCUGCAGCAGAAGGCCACUCUAGAGGGUCUGGAGAAGGCUCUGAGAGAGGAGGAGAACAAGAUGGCUGUGGAGAAGGAGCAGCACAGGACCACCGCCUCAGAGUGUCGACAGCUCCGGGAUGAGAAGGAGUGUGUUUCUUCUAUGAAUAUUUCUACGUGCCCCAGGCUGAACAAGACGUACCGUCAGCUGUUGAAGGAUCAGGAGGAGCUUCAGGCGGACCAUAAGAACAUGAAGACCCUGCUGAACAGCACCAAGCUGGAGCAGACCAAGCAAGAGUCCAACUUCAACAAGCUCAGAGAGCAGUACCAACAGCUAGACAUCACCAACACCAAGCUCACCAACCAGUGUGAGCUGUUGAGUCAGUUGAAGGGGAACCUGAAGGAGGAGAACCGUCACCUGCUGGACCAGAUCCAGACCCUGAUGCUGCAGAACCGCACCCUGCUAGAACAGACCAUGGAGAGCAAAGACCUGUUCCACGUAGAACAGAGACAGCACAUAGACAAGCUGAAUGAGCUGAGGAGACAGAAGGAGAAGUUGGAGGAGAAGAUCAUGGAUCAGUAUAAGUUCUAUGACCCCUCACCCCCACGGAGGCGUGGGAACUGGAUCGCCCUGAAGAUGAGGAAGCUGAUGAAGCCGAAGAGCCGCGAGCGUUGUGGCCCCGCCUCCUCCUCUGACCACCAACGCUCCCUCACCCCCACACGCUCCGGCUCCUUCGAGGCCCUCCCGCCCACCUCCCCCUCUGCUUCCUGUUGCCAGGACAACGGCUCCUUCGUGGGUUCGGACGGCUCGGGUGGGUCCACCACCUCCCCCCGGAGGAGCAGCACCCUGAAUGACCUGGACAAACUGGAUGACUUGGUGUACCCCUCAACCCUGUCUGAGGACCCUGUGCAGCUAGAGGGGUCAGAGGUCAAGAAUGACAGAUCCAGGAAGGAGUCUAUGACCUCAUCCACGAGCGACUCCAUCUUGUCCAUCAUCAACCAUCAACACCAGCCCACCACCACUCCAUUGGUUUAUCUCCCCACCACCACUGCCGCUGCCACUGAUAGCACUGAGCUAUGUUUGACAGACAAGGGUUCUAAUGACAGUGCUGUGGCAGCUGGCUUUGAUGACGGUGAUGAACUACAAAAGCCACGGUCUGAAUGGCGUGCCGAGCCGUGCCCAGAGCCAGAGCAGCGGAGAGUUCAGCCUCAGCCAAGACAACGAACCCUGGUCCAACGGCAGUAGCCCGGU